UCCACCACCCCGCGAUAUCAUAUUUCAAUUUACGAGGAAACCGGCGAUUGACCGUCAAGUUUUAACCCUUACUUUUCAAGGCCAGGUGCCUAGUGUAUUUACGUAUAAACGAAAUAAAAGUCUACGUUUUCUUUUGAUUAUUCGUCACAUCUAGCGCCAUGGCUACUGUAGCCCCGCCACCCUCGAAACGACAGCGACGGGAAGCUCUAGAGCGUACUCAGCUUCAGCAAGAUGUUACGCCUCCGGCCAUCGAGGCUGGCUCGUUUAAGGCACGAUUUGUAGACAACGACGGAAACCAAUUAGCCGAGACCAUAGAAGUUCCCCUAGCUGAUGCGACUGAAAAGAACGUCUCUUUACUGCUUAAUACUCUACUAGGAAGGGAACGUGAAGAGUUUACACCUUAUCGCUUUCGCAUACAUCUACCGAGCUCUGAUACGGUAAUUGAUAACUACCCAACACCUGCCGAAUUCUUAGCUGUCCUCCGUAAACAUGGCAUCGAGAAUCCCUUCGAGACCACAAUUACCUUAUCCGCCGAGCCCCAAGCCGUAUUUAAAGUACAAGCCGUGACGCGCAUGUCAAAUAAGAUCCCAGGGCAUGGUGAAGCUAUUUUAGCGGCUCAAUUUUCGCCUAAGACGAGUAGUCUUUUAGCAACUGGUUCGGGUGAUAAUACAGCAAGAAUAUGGAAUACAGACAGCGGCACGCCGAAGUAUACUCUUAAGGGUCAUUCAGGAUGGGUCUUGGCAUUGGCAUGGCGUCCAGAUGGACAGAACCUAGCUACUGGUAGUAUGGACAAGACAGUCCGAAUAUGGGAUGAAUCAGGACAAGCCGUUGGUAGACCAUUCAAUGGUCAUUCUAAAUGGAUCACGAGCAUAGCAUGGCAACCGUUUCACUUAUGGCGCGAUGAUACGCCGAGAUUAGCAAGUGCUAGUAAAGAUGCUACAAUACGAGUAUGGUUUGCGAAUACCGGCAUAACAGAGCAUGUUCUGUCAGGGCACAAAGGCAGUGUUAGCUGUGUUAGGUGGGGUGGGACGGACCUGAUUUAUAGUGCUAGCCAGGAUAAGACGAUCAAGGUAUGGAAUGCGAUCGACGGGACGCUUAAACAUACGUUGGCGUCGCAUGCCCAUUGGGUAAACCAUCUUGCGUUGUCAACGGAUUUCGUGCUUCGAACAGCCUUCUAUGAUCACACGAAGAACGUACCCACGUCUACGGAAGAGAAGCGAGCGAAAGCGAAAGAGCGCUUUGAGAAGGCGGCGAAGCAACAAGGUAGGAUAGCGGAGCGGGUUAUCUCAGCCAGUGACGACUUCACGAUAUAUCUCUGGGACCCGGAACAAGGUACAAAACCUUUAGCACGACUUUUAGGGCACCAGAAACAAGUUAAUCAUGUUUCUUUUUCCCCGGACGGGACGUUGAUUGCUAGCGCUGGCUGGGAUAAUCAUAUUAAGAUAUGGGGCCGGUAAGUCAUCUACACCCGUCACGGUGCAUGUGCUCCUUAGCUACCGAUGGACUCAUGCAAUGGAAUGUUGCUAAUAUGAUAAGCAGCGACGGGAAAUUUCUCGCGACAUUGCGAGGCCAUGUAAGUCUACAUCUCGAAUCAUGUUAUUUUAUUGGGUUAAAUCCCCAAGAACCACCCACCUGCAUAACUUUGCUGCGGCUGGCGAGAAAUAAACAUGAUUGCUAACCAAGGUUAGGUUGCACCGGUAUACCAAUGUGCGUUCUCAGCCGAUUCGGUAAGUACUCGUCUUAUUUAUUUGUGUUCUCUGUGGAGGAUUCCGUAGGAGCUGAAGGGAAAUUUUUUUCCUUUGUGCAUCUUUGCGAUAUUUUUCAAAGUGCUGACAUGUGAUUACCAGCGUUUACUUUGCUCUGGAUCGAGGGAUACUACUCUGAAGGUGUGGGAUAUGCGGUCCUUUAAGAUGUCAGUUGAUUUACCCGGUCAUGAAGAUGAGGUCUAUGCGUUAGAUUG